UUUCACUCCAUUUCUUCUCUUUUAGUUUUUGCCUCUCUCUCUAAAAUUAAAAAUUUUCAUGGAUUCUACUUCUAAGACUAAAACCCAUUUCUUAACAUCUCUCUUAGUCUUCAACAACACCAUCAACCGAGAGUUGAUGAGAAGCUUGCAUGUGUACCGAUUGAUGAACGGGAAGGAAAGUGAAGUGGAGAGAGAGAGAGAGUUUGUGUUCUCGGCAAAUGGGCCCUACGUGGAAAUGGCUGUGGACCCACUUCUCAGAUUGCUCAAGUUUAACAAUCCUACUACUUCUGAGGUGUUUGAAGGUUUUGUCAAUGGCUUGUGGAUCUGCAUUUUUGCCUUUCAUGCCCAUCCUCACCAUCUCUCUUGCAAUAUUCCAUCCAUGAUUUCUCUCUCUAGAAAUCCCAAGCUGAUGUCAAUCCCAUCACUGGCUAAUGAUCUUCAAAUGAUUUUCCGAUUGAACUCCAUAUCAGAUGACAAAGAGCCUUCUCGAGUUUUACCCCAGGGAACAUGUCGAAGGAACAAUGAAAUUCACCAUCAAAUAAGGAUAAAUUUUCCUGUCCUUGAUCAAGAUCUCAAUUGCCUUCCUUAUCCAGUUACAAAGUCUGAUUUGUCGGAUGAUCAACAAAUAGAGCAAAGUUCAUCAGCGGCAGGUAUAGUGGAGAAGAAGAAAAAGAGGGCAGCCAGCAAAGACAUAGCAAGAAUCGCUUUAUCAGAUCUGGCCAAGUAUUUCGAUCUUCCUAUUACAGAAGCUUCGAAAAAUUUGAAAGUUGGACUUACAGUCCUCAAGAAGAAGUGCAGAGAAUUUGGCAUCCCUCGUUGGCCCCAUAGAAAGAUCAAAUCCCUCGACGGUCUCAUUCAUGAUCUUCAGGAGGAGAGGAAGUGCCAGCAGCAAGGGAACAAGGCUGCAGAGAUAGCGGUGGCGAAGAGGCAAAGGAUGUUGGAGAGUGAAAAGGAAAGCAUAGAGAGGAAACCCUUCUUGGAGAUGAAAUCCGAGACCAAGAGGUUCAGACAAGAUGUUUUCAAGAGAAGGCACAGAGCCAGAGUCCUUAGGACUCAGGCCCUUUCAAUCUCUAGCACUUAGAACUUUUUAUACUUAAAAGAAAAAAAAAUUCAACCUUGUUUCAUGAUGUUAAGAGUUGCCAACUUUCCAUCAUCUCAACCACAUAUCUUUUGAGCCUACUGUUCCUAUUAAAAAUAUGCAAAUUUAACGAAACUUAAUGAAGAUGAGCCGAUUCAGUGCAGCACCGGUAGGCGGUAAGGUAUUUUUCACACCCUACCAAAGUAUUCUCCUAACUCACAAAAAACUUUUCAAAGGUUACCACAGGG